AAUGGGGGAGAACUGAAGUGGGAUGUGAAGAAAUAGGAAUAAAGGGCAUGAAAGCAAAGUCGAUACGUGACAAUUGAGGAGGUGAAGAGCUUAUUACAAUGCUCUGUUGAGAACUCGGAAGGAUUUUGUGGUUUUCUCCGUCGCCGACCUUCCUCCCUGGUAAGCAUAAGAUAAAACUAUAACCCUUUUGAUUUUCUCUAACCUUACGCGAUUUCAAGUUCCGAACUCCUAACCCCGAUCUUGGUUUCCACUUGUUCUCAAAUUUAACCGAUUCAUUUUCAUUCUUCUCAAUCGCACUACCAAACCACUUGUUCUUAACAAUUGAAGCAAAAUCUGGUUUGGAUUGGAAAAUCAAAGGACACCCUGAGUUUUUAUAGGGAGAAGGUUUACGGGUGUAAACUUGGGGACGAUGCUCAAUGGCAUUGGUGUUAUAUGGGUUUUUUCAUGUUGGAUACCAUUGCCACGAUUCCCGAUAGUUUUUUUAGCUUAGCAUUAGACCAGAUCGUUUUGAGUAAGUUAAGGAUUAAAUGAUGUACGGAAGAACGGGACUUGAUAGGUUCAAGAAAGCUCAGUCAUUGGAACCCUUCGCUGUAUCUGUUAGUUCGGGUUCGAAAUCCACUUCCAGGCCUGAAACAAAAUCGGUUUUGAAUUUGCAGCAUCAGACUGCUCAAUACCAAAAUCAAUCCCAUGUUUCUCAAAAACCAGCAGCAGGGCAGGACGCAGCCCCAUUGGUGGGGCAGAGCCAGCCUGUGACCCAGGUUGGAGGGGGCCAGUCUACCUGGCAGCCACCUGAUUGGGCUAUUGAGCCACGGGCUGGUGUCUAUUUUCUUGAGGUUAUGAAGGAUGGUGAGGUUCUUGAUCGCAUAAAUCUUGAUAGGCGGAGACAUAUCUUUGGGAGGCAAUCCCAUACCUGUGAUUUUGUGCUUGAUCAUCAAUCAGUGUCACGCCAGCAUGCUGCUGUGAUUCCUCACAAGAAUGGAAGCAUAUAUGUAAUUGAUUUGGGGUCUGCACAUGGUACUUUUGUGGCAAAUGAGAGGUUGACUAAAGAUACUCCUGUUGAGCUUGAGGCAGGGCAGUCUCUAAGAUUUGCUGCAUCAACUAGAAUUUAUAUUUUGAGAAAGAAUAAUGCAGCUCUUUUCCCGCGUCCUCCACUAUCCACAGAGAUUAACCUACCACCACCUCCUGAUCCAUCUGAUGAAGAAGCCGUUGUAGCCUAUAAUACACUUCUAAAUCGUUAUGGUAUUAGCAGGGCUGACACAUUGCCUAAAUCCCGUGUGACUGGUAGCUCAGCAUGUGGAACAGAUGGCAGCCAUAACUUGGAGAGAGCUGCUAAGAGAAUAAAGAAGGCAAGAGUGGUUUUCAGAGAUCAUGUUGGGGGAGAACUUGAAGAAGUUGUUGGGGUUUCAGAUGGUGCUGGUGUAGAAACAGAACCUGGUCCAAUUGGUGUAAAAGAAGGAAGUCUUGUUGGAAAAUAUGAAUCCCUUGUACAGAUAACCGUUAUACCCAAAGGGAAGGAACAGAACUUUGCAAAAGAAGAUAAUUAUUCCCAAAAAGGCGUGACUGGUAAACUACAGGAGGUUUUAAAUAAGGUAAAAACUGCUCCAAAAAGUGGAAUUUAUGAUGAUCUUUAUGGAGAAUCCUUUGCUGGAAAAGUGGGCUCUUCUUGGGCGUAUUCUUCUGUUAGUUCCAGUGGUAGACCAGCUUCUCCAACUAAAGACACUGCAGAAAAGUCAUCAAGUGUUAAACCCGGUGCUAACUCAAGCCAUGUUGACGAUGAUGAUGAUGAUUUAUUUGGGGAUUGAUUGGAGCCAAUUGCACAGCUUGUGGAUAAUUUUGAAAUCUUAAUCUGAUUUAUACUUGGAGGUUGAAAAGCUGCAAUAUCUGAAUACUGUAUGUGCAUGGCACACUUAUCUCAAGGGAAGACUGUGCUUGCAAGUGGGAUGAGUUUUCUUUGGCUUGUACCCUCCAUCGUUUAUUCUUACUUCAUACAACGGAUGAAACAGAAUGGAAUUCUGCUGUUGCCACUUUUUUUCUAGUAAAGCUGCUUCUUUCUGUAAUUGCUUUGACAAGCUUGUGCUGGUCUAGUAACGAGGAAACUUGCGCCUUGAGUACAGCUAGUAUCUCGGUGGCCUUUUGAGCAGCAGCAUCAGUUAUGGUUUCAAACAUAUGAGGAGGUUGGUUUCAGUAAUCUCCUUCUUACUUUGGUUGAAGCGGCUUGAUUUGUUAAAAAGCAGCUCUCCACACCAGUUGUAUAUUUUAUUCAAGAAUCAUUUCCCGUAGACAUUUAUUCCUGGAAUUUUAUGGGACAUUUUCGUGUUUAUUAAAAUCAGGCUGAAGAAUAUGCUGCAUUGCAUCAUC